UAUAUAGCAGCGGGUGUGUAUCUUGGGAAUGGAGAAGCAUUGCAUGACCUUCUCACCUGAACGCCUUCGUAGAGAGAGAGGGAGAGAGAGAGAGAGAGAGCGUGGGUGUUUUAGGGAGUAAAAGCGAGCAUUGGAGUUUCCUCCAAUUGGGUUGGCAUAAUCGCCCCUCUUUCUUCUUUGGGGCCUCCGAAGAUUGAUUCUUUUUGCUCACCAAAUAUCUAUUGAUUUCUCUCUUUCUCUGCAUUCCCAUGGGCUCUAUAUACUCAUUUUUUACAUCGUUGUUUUUUCAUUUAUGAGAUAGAGAUCCUUUUUCCACUUCGUCUUCUCUGUACACUGAUCUUCUGUUCUAAGAGCUGGUGUCAAUGGCCAAUGCAUCUGGGUUCUUUUCUCCUUCAGUUCCGAGUCUGAGACGGAGGGUACAACCGUCUAUAGGUCUUUACCGAUCUGGGUUUUGCUUUCCGGCGAAAAUCAGCGAAAGGGUGUUCUGCUCCAGCACAAUUGAAGGUGCGGAGAAGCUUUCCCCUUCUCAAUCUCGGGUGCCCAGGAUUGUAAGUAAAGGCUGCAAGCUAGUUGGAUGUGGCUCAGCUGUACCAAGUCUUCAGAUAUCUAAUGAUGAUCUUGCAAAAAUUGUUGAAACUUCUGACGAAUGGAUAUCUGUUCGCACUGGCAUUCAUAACCGACGAGUUCUCUCAGGGAAAGAUAGCUUGACAGCUUUGGCUGUAGAGGCAGCGAAGAGGGCUCUUGAGAUGGCACAGGUUGAUCCAGAUGAAGUGGAUCUGGUCUUGAUGUGUACAUCUACUCCAGAGGAUCUUUUUGGUAGUGCUCCUCAGAUCCAAAAAGCACUUGGCUGCAAAAAAAAUCCUUUGGCUUACGAUAUUACAGCUGCAUGUAGCGGAUUUGUGUUGGGUCUAGUCUCAGCUGCUUGUCAUAUUAGGGGCGGUGGGUUUCAUAAUGUUCUUGUGAUUGGAGCCGAUGCUCUUUCUCGCUAUGUUGAUUGGACUGAUAGAGGGACCUGUAUUCUCUUUGGGGAUGCUGCUGGUGCUGUACUGGUUCAGGCCUGUGAUAGUGAACAAGAUGGUUUAUUUGCUUUUGACUUGCAUAGCGAUGGUGAUGGCCAAAGGCACUUAAAUGCUUCAAUGAAGAAUAAUGAAACAGAUAGUACAUUGGGUUCUAAUGGUUCAGUACUGGAUGUUCCCCAAGCACGCUCCUCUUAUUCCUGCAUCCAAAUGAAUGGCAAAGAGGUCUUUCGCUUUGCUGUUCGGUGUGUGCCACAGUCUAUUGAGUCUGCCCUUGAGAAGGCUGGUCUCAGUGGAUCUAACAUCGAUUGGUUACUGCUCCAUCAGGCAAACCAGAGGAUCAUUGAUGCAGUUGCAACGCGUUUAGAAGUUCCACCAGAGCGGGUCAUAUCAAACCUGGCUCAGUAUGGUAACACAAGUGCAGCAUCCAUUCCGUUGGCAUUGGAUGAAGCUGUUCGAAGUGGGAAGGUACAGUCUGGCCAUACUAUUGCAACUGCAGGUUUUGGGGCAGGUCUCACAUGGGGUUCCGCCAUUGUUAGAUGGGGAUGAACCCCUAGGUUCUCCUAAGAAUUCCCAACAUAGAGAAAAAUAGUUAUAAAUUGCUGUUUCCCAAUUCUUGCUUCCUAUUCCAUGUGUAUUGCAGAUGUUUCCAGGAGGUUUUAUUCGCAUAAUCUUUCAUCAGCUCUCUUUUUAAUUUAUUUGGACAUGUUACUGUUUAGUUUUGGCAACUCAAUAAAUUUUAUUCUUUUUCCUCA